AUGCCAGUCAUCGAUAUCACCAAGGAUUUGUCGGCGCUCUUCUCGAAACAGGUCAAAGCUACGCCUGAAGCUGCUGCACUUGAAGACGAGCACGUCACAUACACAUACGCAGAACUAGACGCCAAAGUGGAAGCUCUCUCACGUCGUCUUCAGCAGCGUGGAGUUCGUCGAGACAGUCUCGUUGGAGUUCUGUUGCCUCGCAGUGCCGAUUACGUCAUUGCCUGUCUCGCAGCUCUUCGUGCCGGAGGUGCAUUCCUCGUCCUCGAACUCGCCUACCCUCCCGAUUUGUUGGCCGAUGUCAUUGAAGAUGCUGAUCCCGCCGUCGUCGUGACAUAUAGAGCCGAAGUCGGCAAGAUCAAAGAGGGCGUUCCGCUCAUCGCCCUCGACGACGAAAAGUCAACCGACGAUGCCAAUGGCCAUGCCGAACCGCCACCUCCGCUGCCCUCGGAGACUGACCUGGAACGACUCGCCUUCGUCGCUUAUUCUUCUGGUACCACCGGAAAACCCAAGGGUAUUGCAAACCCACACCGUGCAUCUGUCCUCUCAUACAACUUGAGAUUCGGCCUGCAGGAUCAAAACCCUGGAGACCGUGUCGCAUGUAAUGUCUUCUUCGUUUGGGAGAUCCUUCGACCGCUGCUGCGAGGUGCCACCGUCGUCUCCGUUCCAGACGAAGCGAGCUACGAUCCGGUCGCCCUCGUCGAUCUCCUCGCCGCCAAAAAGAUCUCCGAAACCCUGAUGACGCCUACGCUCCUCGCAACAGUCAUUGCUCGACAUCCUAACAUCGGAAAGCGGCUUCCGGACUUGCGGACUCUGUGGCUUAAUGGCGAGGUUGUCACUGCCGACCUUGCUCGUCGGGCUUUGAAAGCCCUGCCCAAUGCACGCCUGCUCAAUUGCUACAGCGCAUGCGAGACUCAUGAAAUUGCCUGUGGAGAUAUCGGUCAGAUUCUGGACAAUGACGCCACUUACUGCCCAGUCGGUCCAUCUUUGGUUCCUAAAUAUACCUACAUCCUGGAUGAAGGUGGCCAGAAAGUCGAUGCCGGCGUCAGUGGAGAACUCUUUAUUGGGGGUCCACUACUCGCUCGUGGCUACCUUAAUCGACCUGAAACUACUGCGAGGGCCUUUCUACCCAAUCCGUUUGAUUCGACUCCUGGUUCAAGAAUGUACCGCACUGGAGAUCUCGCCAGAUUGCUUCCUUCUGGCUGUCUUGAAAUCACGGGGCGUGUGGGCGCGAUGAUCAAACUUCGUGGCUAUUCUGUUGUUCCUGGAAAGGUCGAGAAUGCAAUCAUCAAGAACCUCGCCGUCAGUCAUUGUGCGGUAGUUGCUUACGGGGAAGGCCUCGAUCGACAGUUGGUAGGAUAUAUCGUUCAGGACAAGGAGCCAGGAGAUCGACCCAUUGUCGAAAUCAAUGACUCUGGCCACAGCCCAUCGACACGCCGCGUACUCUCCCCUUUCUUGGCCCAUUACAUGAUUCCGUCACUCUGGGUUGAGUUGCCGGAGCUUCCUACCCAUGAGGUCUCGGGUAAAGCUGAUACUAAGAACCUACCUGCCCCUCCCACUGGAACUCCUAAUGUCAAUGGGCACAAGGUCGAGAAGGAUCCCAUCGAUAUCGAGGCCAUUGCUGAGAUUUGGGCUGCUACCCUCAAGAUAGCCAAGUCGAAUAUCACGCCUGAACAUAACUUUUUCGACUUGGGCGGGCAUUCCCUGUCCUUGGCAGAUCUUGCAUCACGGUUAUCCCGAAAUUUCGGCUUUCGGAUUCCGCUCGCUCGUCUCGUUGAGCCGCCAACUCUGAAUGGCCAUCUGGAGACUGUGAGAGCUGUUAGAGAUGGCCAUACUGCAGCCGUGCAGGCAGAUCUGCCCAACAUCCUGUCUGCUGACUCAAUACUCGAUAAGGAUAUUCAACCACCGCCAGGCACCAAAAUCACCUCCCUCAACAAGGCAGAGACAGUAUUCUUGACGGGUGUGACGGGUUUCUUGGGUGCAUUCCUCCUCAGCGACUUGUUGGAGAGUACCUCUGCACAUAUCGUAUGUCUCGUACGUUUCAACGACCCCUCACAAGAAGAUCAACCAGGUGGCAUUGCAAGAAUCCGGCGAAAUCUUUUGGACUUGGGCCUGUGGCGUGACUCGAUGAUGGAGCGAGUCGAGAUUCUUCCUGGAAACUUGUCCCGAAAGCGACUCGGAAUGUCACCAGAUGCAUUUGAGGAGCUUGGGAAGCGCGUCGAUGUCAUUGUCCACGCAGGAGCUACUGUCAAUCUCGUUUACCCUUACGCAGCCCUACGUGGCGCGAACGUUGGCGGCACAAGGGAAGUCCUUCGACUGGCAGCUUUGGGUGGCGCUACUGUACAAUACGUAUCUACCAAUGGCGUGCUACCGCCUUCACAGGAGGGUUGGACAGAAGACAAAAUGCUUGGAGUCGAGGAUGUACCUGAAAAGCUUCUUGAUGGAUAUGGUCAAAGUAAAUGGGUGGCAGAACAGCUCGCAGUGGAGGCCAGUCGUCGUGGAAUCCCAGUUAGAAUUCUCCGAGCUGGAACGAUCAGCGGUCACAGCUCCACUGGCGCGGCAAACGCGUGGGAUCUCUUGACAGCAUUGAUUGUGGAAUCGCUCCAUCUUGGCUAUUUCCCCGAUGUGGAAGGUUGGCGUGCUGAGAUGACGCCGGUCGACUUCGUCAGUAAAGCCAUCAUUCAUCUUGCAAAUCAAGAUCAUGCUGAGCAGACUGUCUUCCACUUGGGUGAUCCCAAUCCAGUGGCUACCAGACAGGUCUUCGCUGACCUCAAUGAUCUCGGCUAUCCAACAAAGCCUCUAGGCUUCGAGGAAUGGGUCACCCUUUGGAACGAGAAACGAAGCUCCGUCAAGGGUGGAGAUGGUGCUUUCACGGUCGACAUUCUCCGAAGCGGCAUGCCGAGCCUCGAAUUCCUACGAGACAUCGUCGUGUUGAAUAACGGUCAAACCCGACCAUUCCGCGCAGCCGUGCAACGGCCCAAAGUCGACAAAAUCCUGCUGGAAACCUACACUCGCCACUGGUUUGCUAGAGGCUGGCUACCACGGCCUCCAAUGGGACAGAUGUCCCAUGGAGGUGCCGCACACGCACCGCAAUUCGGCCCAUUGAGUGGGAAGGUGGCUGUGGUGACCGGCGCAUCAUCCGGGAUCGGCGCCGCUGUGGCCGCUGCGUUGGCGAAAGAAGGAUGUCACGUCGCACUCGCUGCUCGGAGACUCGAAGCCCUCGAAUCCGUCAAGCGCCGACUCGUGACCCGCGAAGGCAAGGUCAUCCUCCGCUCGACAGACGUCACAGACCGGAAACAAGUCGAAUCACUGUUCCAGGCGGUGCAUGACGAGCUCGGCCCUAUCGACAUCCUCGUUUCCUGCGCGGGCGUCAUGUACUUCACCAUGAUGGCAAACGUGCAGAUCGACGAGUGGGAGCGCACUGUCGACGUCAACUGCAAAGGCCUCCUCCACUGCCUGUCAUUCACCGUCCCGAGCAUGCUCAAGCGCGGCGCCGGCCACAUCGUUGCCAUCUCCUCCGACGCCGGCAGGAAGGUCUUUCCUGGCCUGGGCGUCUACUCCGCGAGCAAGUUCUUUGUCGAAGCUACCCUGCAGAGCCUGAGACUUGAAACUGCGUGCACGGGGCUUCGUGUGACCAGUAUCCAGCCAGGAAAUACAGCGACAGAGUUGCUCGGUAUGUCCACGGAUCAAGAGGCGAUUAAGAAGUACGGGGAGCCGACCGGCGCUCAAGUCUUGGAUGCCGAUGAUGUGGCGAAUAGCAUUGUCUAUGCGCUGAGGCAGCCGAGCCAUGUCGCCGUUAAUGAGGUGCUUAUUGAGCCGAGGGAUGAGCCGAUUUAA